AUGGCAUCCCGGCUGUAUGCACAUGCUUUCAAUAUCUCCCUGGUAGAGAAGAGGAGUUUGUGCAUAAAUGGAACACCAUGGAUUUGGCAUCUCCUGGAAGAAUGUGUCGGGAACGUGUGGGAGUACUGGAGCGUUGUCACAGGGCUGAUCUCCAUUGUCUGUUUUCUGUUUGCUGCGCUACCUCAAAUUUACGUGGCCUGCCAGAGCGGAAGAGUGGAUCAAGCGCUGUCUUUGGGAUUUCUGCUGUGUUGGAUAGCUGGAGAUCUCACAAAUUUCAUCGGCUGCUAUUUAACCAAUCAACUGCCGAUUCAGAUUGCCACUGCCAUUUUUUAUGUUAACAUGGAUAUAAUUAUGAUUUCACAGUUUGUCUACUAUAAACUCAAGAAUCAGAAGAUGACAAAAUGCAGCAAAAGCCUGAAGAGUUUCUGCAUAACCUGGAUCACGGUGUAUGUAGCACUGUGUGUUAUUUUACUCUGUCAGCUGUUACUAAGAAACCCAGAACAGAGUACAGUGAUGGAAAGAAGUAAUAACUCUCUUGAUAUGAUUGAAAUGUCAGGCUUCAUUUGUGGCUAUGUAUCCUGUGUGUUCUACUUGGGAAGUAGAUUUCCUCAGCUGUACAAAAAUUUCCAGAGAAGAUCAACAGAAGGCACCUCAUACCUACUGUUUGCAUUAGCCAUGAUGGGAAACUGUACCUAUGGGCUGAGCCUGGUUCUAAAGAUGCCAGCUACCAAAUCCUUCCGGGCCCUCUACUUCUUACACCAUCUUCCAUGGCUCAUUGGGAGUUUCGGAGUUCUGUUUCUAGAUAUCUUUGUAUCCUUUUCCUGUUACAGCUAG